GCUGCCAAACCGCCGAGACCUUGGAAAGGUGUGUACGAUGCCACCGAGGACAGGGCAAGUUGCAUCCAAAUACCAGAAUCCGAGUCCGGAGCUCCAGAAUCCGAGGAUUGCCUCUACAUCAACGUUUACACGCCGAAGUUACUUGAGUCAGGAAAUGAGACUCUGCUUCCGGUGAUGUUCUGGAUCCACGGCGGAGCGCAGAUGAACGGCGAUUCGACGUACAACUAUUUCGGACCGGACUACUUCAUGGAGGACGACGUCGUCAUCGUGUCGUUAAAUUUCCGCAUCGGCGUAUUCGGUUUCCUCAGCACCGGCGACUCCGUGUGUCCAGGCAACAACGGGCUCAAGGACAUCGUGCUGGGAAUGAGGUGGACGCAGGACAACAUUCGCUUCUUCGGCGGAGAUCCCAAGAGGGUCACACUGUUCGGGGAAAGCGCCGGUGGCGCGAUGGCCAUGUACUUGGCCCAAUCCCCAUUGACGCGAGGAAAAGGUUACUUCAGUAAGGUCAUCGCCCAGAGCGGGAACACUCUGUGUCCGUGGUCCUUCCAGAGGAAUCCGAGGGACGUGGCCAAUAGGAUCGCUAUGGCGACCUUCUGCGGUCUCUUCAUGUUCGACAGCUCGCUCAUGAUGAAUUGCCUGAAGACGGUGGACGUUAACGUGCUGAAAAUAGCAGGACUCGGCGUCUUCUUAGGAGAUUCAGGUUUCCUCAUCGGCAUCCUCAAUGGUUUAGCCUUCGCCCCCAACAUCGAACCUUACAGCCCAACGGCAGCAGUUACAGAAAAAAGCUACGAACUACUAUCGCGCGGAGACAUCCCCAACAUCCCUUACAUCAUGGGCUACAAUUCCGAAGAAGCUUUGAUCGUCGCCGACAAUUUGACACUGCUUAGACCUCUUUUACUGCAAGCCGAUGCCGCUCCUGCGAUCCUUGUACCUACAGACAUGCACGCAAGCUUCUUCGAUUCGGUCCUCAACAUCGCCACGCAAAUCCGCAACUUUUACUUCGACUUUGCACCGAUCACCCUCAACUCCAACGCUAAGAUCAUAAGGUACUUGAGCGAUCACCUAUUCGAUCGACCGACGAGGGAAAGUGUUUCGUUGAUUUCGAAACGCGCUCCGGUUUACUAUUACAGGUUUUCCUAUUUUGGAAAAUUGGGACUCUUCGCUUCUUCUAUCGAAGGUUUGGGAAAAGUUCAGCACAGCGCCGAGUUAACUUACAUGUGGAGGACGAAUACGAAGAGCUUUAACAACACGGACCUUAGUUCCUUCCCCAAAAUGGAUAAACUGGUGCGCGCGAGACUCUUGAAGCUUUGGACAAACUUUGCCAGAACCGGUAAUCCAACGCCAUACGAAGACGUCCUGUUGGAGAACAAGAUAUGGCCCGAAGCUGCAAUCAAGGAUAGUCAAGAUGUAUAUUGCAUGGACAUUGGGGAGCACCUGAAGGUUGUCAAGAACCCAGAGAACAGCCAAUACCAGAUGUGGAAAGGCCUGUACAAGAGAUACGGAAAACCGAGCGAUACCUAUUGAUACGAAAACUUUAGUUACCAUUAAUUAUAGAAGCAAAAUCCAAAACUAAAUUUAUCACAUAUACACACACC